AUGUAUGCCCUUUCGACAGAAUGCACUCUUCUCAUUUCAGGAGCCGUGUCGGACGCUAGCAUUUUCUGCAUGGCCUGUCUCCUCUCGGCAACAGGAACUCAACUGAUUCUCUUUCGUGUCAUUUCAGGUCUAGCAACCUCACUUUGUCUUCCGUCUGCCAUGAGCCUAAUUAGUGAGUACUUCCCCGCGGGUAUGUUGCGCAACCUUGCGUUUGCGUUCAUGGGGGCUAUCGCUAAUACCUUUGCUGUCCUCUCAUCGUGGUGGAAAAUUCCCCGCAGUCAAGCCGGAGACGUUUCCUGGCAUAUGCUGGUGUUUGGUAUUGAUUGGGUCGGGGCAGUCGCUGCUAGUGCGGCCCUAGGCCUACUUUCCUAUGCUUUAUCGUCAGUUCCCCUGGCCCCACCCUAUCGGGACAUAAAUAAAGCGCAUGAGGCAUCAACCAUAAUCUGCUUUUCGUUGUCUGGUGAUUUACUUAUCUUCUUUGUCCUCUGGCAAAGCUUCCAAGAGCGCCGCAACAAGCCUACAUUGAUCUGGAACUCACUCUGGAAGAACCUUGCCUUCACAUGUAUCUGUGUGAACGAAUUCAUGAUCUGGGGUGCGUUCAACGCCUUCGAACAGGUAAUCAACCUCUUCUUCCAGAACGUACAGGAUCUUUCACGCGUCGAGACGGCCAUCCGAUUCAUCCCAACACCUAUCACAGGCCAACUUACCGCCCUCACAACACGAUUCGUCUUACACAGAUGUCGCGCCGACGCCAUCAUCAAUAUCACCACUAUCAUAUCUUGUGUCUCGCCGCUGAUCAUGGCCUUGGUGAAUCCGACAUGGGUCUACUGGCGCUGUGCAUAUGUAGCGAUCUGUCUGAAGUCAAUUACCGCUGACUCCCUGUUCACUGUGUCCAUUAUCCUCAUUGCAGGUGUCUUCCCUGCCGAAACGCAAGGGCUGGCAGCCGGUGUGUUCAAUACAGUUUCCCAGAUCGGGACGAGUUUCGGUCUGGCGAUCGUCGCGUUGAUCUCUAAUCAGGUCACUGACCAGCAGUCACAAAUCGAGGAUAAGGGCAGCCCUGAGGCAUUGAUUGUGGGAUACCGUGCGGCGUUCUGGACAUUGUUUGGGAUGAAUGUAGCAAGUCUGGUGGUUAUUUUGUUUGAGUUACGAAAGGUGGGCAAUAUUGGGAAGAAGAAAACGCAGUAG